AUAGUCCUAGUACUCGCUUGCUCAGUUCAACCGUGAAGAGCGUUGUUAGGGUCAACCGCCGUUUUGCUUGUAGGUGAGACGCACUCGCUGGUAGGGAGGGAAUAGAGCGUCUGAGGCAGCAAGAGACGGGAUUCGGCUCCUUUUCCCGCUUAACGGCGUUUUAAAGGACAGGGACACUAACCACAAGGGCCCAGGGCGGCAAGCGGCGUGCAGGGCCUGGGAGGGCUACCUUGUGGUUUGUCGGAGGUCCAGACCCCGCCACCUCGCCGAAAUCUCCAUUUUGUUCGUCUUCAGAGCCGGCGUGUAAGUGUGCCGCCAUGGACAAGAGCGCUGUAGCCAAAGUGGGAGCAGUGGCCAGCGCCAGUGUGUGCGCACUGGUGGGGGGAGUAGUCCUGGCCCAAUACAUCUUCACCGUAAAGAAGAAAACGGGCAGGAAAACGAAGAUUAUAGAGAUGAUGCCAGAAUUUCAGAAGAAGACUGUCCAUAUCAAAGACCCAGAAAAGGUGGAAGAAAUUAUCUGUGGCCUCAUCAAAGGAGGAGCUGCCAAACUUCAAAUAAUUACAGACUUUGAUAUGACGUUAAGUAGGUUUUCCCAUAAUGGCAAAAGAUGCCCAACAUGUCAUAAUAUUAUUGACAACUGUAAACUUAUUACAGAGGAAUGUCGGGAAAAGUUAUUCCAGCUGAAAGAAAUAUAUUAUGCUAUUGAAAUUGACCCUAGUCUUACAGUUGAAGAGAAGUAUCCUUACAUGGUUGAGUGGUACAACAAAUCCCAUGCUUUGCUUAUUGAACAAGGAUUACAGAAGGACAAACUUGCUGAAAUUGUGAGAGAGUCUGAUGUUAUGCUGAAAGAGGGUUAUGAAUUUUUUUUUGACAAACUUCAUGAGCAUAAUAUUCCAGUAUUUAUAUUUUCUGCUGGGAUUGGAGACAUUUUAGAAGAGAUUAUUCAUCAAGCAGGUGUCUACCACUCCAGUGUCAAAGUAGUUUCCAACUUCAUGGAUUUUGAUGAUAAUGGCAUAUUAAAAGGAUUUAAAGGAGAACUAAUUCAUGUUUACAACAAACAUGAUGGGGCCUUGAAAAAUACAGAGUACUUCAAACAAUUAAAAGACAACAGCAAUAUCAUAUUACUUGGAGACUCUCAAGGAGACUUAACAAUGGCAGAUGGUGUGGCAAAUGUUGAACAUAUUCUUAAGAUUGGAUAUCUCAAUGAUAAAGUUGAAGAACUGCUGGAAAAAUAUAUGGAGUCCUAUGAUAUUGUUUUGGUGAAAGAUGACUCUCUGGAUGUGGCCAACUCAAUCCUUCAAAAGAUUUUGUAAUAUGUAUCAUCAGGGAAAGCUUUUUCCUUCUCAUAGAAACUAUUGGACAAAUUAGCAUGACCAGCUAUCAAAACAAUAAUGCAGAUGCUGUUUUCCACACUAUUACCAGUUCAUUUGGAAAGUACUAUAUCCCUCAUUAUGAUGCUCCAUGCUGUUGAAAUGUAUUUCACUGUUUAAUGUGCUCCUUAUUUAUUAGUUCCAGUGGAAAGAUUGUAAGGAUUAUUGGAAAAAAAAACUCCUUCAAUUUUUAUUCUUGCACAAUAAAAUGGAUAUUUUCAGAA